GGAACGACCGUAGAAGAAGAAGAAGUAAAAGAAACACUUCAUGGGCUUCUCCACGUAACGUUGUUUGUAUUUUAUAACGAGCUUUGAUUAAACGUCGCGUUCUGCCGGUUGUCAUGACGCGCUGGGCGAGAGCCAACAGCGUCCACAGGCCGGCGGAGGCCACGCCCUGGACGCAUCUGAGGGGGGGAGGAGGAGGAGCAGCAGGAGCAGGAGGAGGAGCAGCUCCUUCAGGCAGCUCUAACCGCGGCCCCCAGAGGGACCGCCUGAGAGGGCCCCGGCCCGGAGGAUCAGCCGUGAAGAAACCCAACCGGCCGAAGAAAGAAUACGUGAGCGACGACGUCAACGGCUUCCUGGAGUUCCUGCAGCAGAGCGGACGUCCUCUCCCUCGAGGAGGAGGAGGAGGACUGGAGCUCCGGGAGGAGCUGGAGACGGCGCUGAAGAAGGACCGAAGACGAGAAGACCGCCGGGUGAAGAGGCAGGACAACAAGAAGAGCAACAUGCUGUGUUUUAACUGCAGGAAGCCCGGCCACGGAUUGGCCGACUGUCCGGAGGCGGAGCUUGACGAGGAGACGGGCCGAGACAUCUGCUACCGCUGCGGCUCCACGGAGCACGAGAUCCACAAGUGUCGAGCCAAGGUGGACCCGGCCCUGGGUGAAUACCCGUAUGCUAAAUGCUUCAUCUGCAGUAAGACUGGUCAUCUUUCUAGAAGCUGCCCGGACAAUCCCAAAGGACUCUACGCCCAAGGAGGCGCGUGCCGUGUUUGUGGCUCCGUGGAACAUUUCCAGAAGGAUUGUCCGGAGCAUCAAGCUGCCACCAACGCAGUGACGGUUCCCUGGCUGUCCAACAACAUGAGCGCCGACCACGAGGACGUCCACCUCCCAGUGAAGGAGCCCAAACCCAAAGCAACCAAAGUGGUGACGUUCUGACUCGUCUCUGGAACACGCGGCUGGAGGCCGUCCUUCACACACAUGUUUACGUUUGGACUUCCUCUGGAUUCAGAAGACGUUUAUAAAGUUUUAAUUCUUUCACCAUCGAAAUAAAACUAUGACUUCUUCAUUUCUGACAUCAUCUGCAUAUAAAUUAUAUAAACUCUUCUUUAUCUAUUUUCUUAAAGUCUUUAUUUAAUAAAGGACUUAUUUCUAA